CAAUGUUUGGAGAAGGCAGUGCUCUUCCCCUAAUAAUCGGGUUCCUCGGGGACCUAAGUCUAAAAAAACUCCCUCCCCUUCCUACGCCUCACCUCCAACAAAGAACACCAACGUUGCAUGCGCGUGCCUCUCCCCCCACCAUUCCCUUCCUCCUCGCCGCUCCGCAACCAUCCCCAGGUUGCAGAAGGCGGCGUCGCGAAGGUCGGGCUGCUGGAAUCGACACGGUGGCGGGGGUUUGGCUUCUUCUCCUUGGCUCCUGUUGAUUCAUCCGAUUUCGGUGGGUGUGGCUUGGUGAUUCUGCUCAAACCAUGCUGAAUAAUUCCUUGUGGAAGAGGGGGAUUCUACUUCUUUUGGGAAGGCAUUUCAGCGAUUGCAAGCUAAAUUUCUAGGCCAAAAGGAUUUUGUGGAUAUAUGCAACAAAUAAAUUAAGCGUGUUUGUCCACAUUCCGGAUAGUGAUCAAGAGGGGGGUGAUCAUGGAGCAUGUGAUCGGAGGGAAGUUUAAGCUUGGGAGGAAGAUUGGGAGUGGGUCAUUUGGGGAGCUAUAUCUUGGUGUUAACAUACAUAAUGGGGAGGAAGUGGGAAUAAAGUUGGAACCGGUGAGAUCAAGACAUCCACAGCUGCAUUAUGAAUCCAAAGUGUAUAUGCAAAUGCAGGGUGGAAAUGGUAUCCCACAUAUGAAGUGGUAUGGUGUCACGGGCGACUACAAUGUUAUGGUGAUUGAUCUUCUUGGCCCAAGUCUGGAGGACUUGUUUAACAGCUGCAAUAGGAAAUUCUCUCUGAAAACUGUCCUUAUGCUUGCUGAUCAAAUAAUAAACCGAGUGGAAUACAUGCAUUCCAAGGGGUUUAUUCACCGUGAUAUCAAGCCAGACAACUUUCUUAUAGGGUUAGGCCGGAAAGUUAACCAGGUCUACAUAAUUGAUUAUGGACUUGCUAAGAAAUACAAGGAUCUCCAGACUCAAAAACACAUCCCCUACAGGGAGAACAAAAAUCUGACAGGAACAGCACGGUAUGCUAGUGUGAAUACUCAUCUUGGAAUAGAACAAAGCAGGAGGGAUGAUCUGGAGUCUGUUGGCUACCUUCUCCUAUAUUUUUUAAGAGGAAGUCUCCCAUGGCAGGGUCUUAAAGCUGGUACAAAGAAACAAAAAUAUGACAGAAUUAGUGAAAAGAAAAUGCUCACUCCAGCAGAGGUUCUGUGCAAAUCUUAUCCAUCAGAGUUCACCUCAUAUUUCCACUACUGUCGUUCCCUGCGAUUUGAAGAUAGACCAGAUUACUCUUAUUUGAAGAAACUCUUUCGGGAUAUAUUUACUCGUGAAGUGACAGUAGGGCACCAACUCGAUUACAUAUUUGACUGGACUACAAGCAAAUCUCCUCAGAUGGGUUCUAGUACUAAGCUUAUUCAACAAGCCAGUGGAAGAAUGGUUGGAGUUGGACAAUCUGUGGAGCGAACAGACAAAACUGCAGUGGGUCAAGAGAUCCGGGAUAGAUUUACUGGUGCUGUUGAGGCCUUUGCCAGAAGAAACCCUGGUUCUGGUCGCCACCCAGACAAUUCAAGGCACAAAAGCCUUGCAGAUUCUUUUGGUUCCUCUACAGAAGCUGUUGUUGAUUCGGAGAGAGCACGAAUCAUGUCGAGGAACAGGAGCUCGUCGAAGAUUCCCGACACAGCCACUCCAUCCAGCCGGCCGACUUCCUCGAAAGGCGACUGCGGCGACCAGAACCGGAGUACCAGCCGGUGGGUGUCGACCACCACCAGCAGCAGCAGCCGCCCGUCCGCCGGCGCCCAGAGGCACCACCACCACCCGGCCGGCGUCGAAGACAGGUCCUCCCCCGUCGCCCGGAAAGCGCCGCCGGCGGCAGGGAGGGGGCCCGCCGCUCUCCGUUGCUUCGAGCGCCUCUCUAUCGGCGGCGAGAGGAGGAAGUGAUCGAAAAGGCCGAGGAGGCAGGAACCUCGAAACCAUCUCGCUGCCGCUGCCAACUACGACGACGACGACGACGACGAACCACCUGGAAGCCGCGCCUUGCAGGAUUUGUAACCCGAGCGGUCGAUCGUAUCGCUGAAACCUUCUUCCCCCUCCCCUCCCCUCCCCUCCCCUCCCCUCCCUGAGAUUUCCAUUUUCCGAAAUUCCAAAGCGUGAUGAGAACGCCAUGUGCAUGUGCAUCGCCGUCAUCUUCUGGCCAGCCGGCCGCCGGCGGGGAGGGGACCACGAGGCGGCGGCGGGAGAGACCUCGUAAUAACGUCGUAGGGUCACUGGCAUACGGGCCCAUGAGGUGUGGGGCCCACAUGUCGGAAUUGUCGUAUUGCCGUUUGAACCAGUUACCCUAACCGACGUAUUUUUUCGAAAAUUUUCUAUAAAAAAUUGUUUAAAAAAAUCAUAUUAAUC